AACUUCUGAAAUGAUUCAACACUCAGGUUUGUGGAAUAUGGAGAGAAUAAAGGCCACCUCUAUGGAACCAGCUUUGAUAGUAUUGAUGAAGUCCUCAAACAUGGAAGGAUGUGCAUAGUUGAUGCUGAGUCUCAUAGUAUUCCACUUUUACGAACAAGGAAGCUGAAGCCGUUUGUGAUCUUCAUUAAACCCCCGAGCCCAGAGAGACUGAGACAAACCCGCAGAAACGCCACCAUCAUGGUUAAUGACACGGUCAACAGAGCUUUCACUGAGGAAGACUUUGUGGAGUUGGAGGAAGUUUCUCGGCUGAUUGAGGCUAAAUACAAACAGUUUUUUGACAGUAUUCUGGUGAACGACGGCCUCCAGGACGCCUGCAUGAAGCUCUGCUCCGUCAUCCAUCAGGCUCAAAACUAUGGAGGUGUCAUUUUUGACAAAGAUCUGUUGCUGGAGCAGCACUCCAAACAGCUGAUCAAGAACUGA